AUGAACACUAGCGUGAACGUUACCGGCUUCAGUUCGAACAGCAUCGACCAUUUCUUGGGCAUCCCCUACGCUGAGUCGCCUACCGGCUUGCGACGUUUCAAGCAACCCGAGCCGAAAGUGUACAACGCAACGCUUAACGGAACGGAUUUCCCUCCUGCGUGUCUACAGCCGAACUUCGCACCAUGGAACGCGAGCGGCAUCUCGGAAGACUGCCUCACGCUCUCCGUACUAGCUCCGACGGGGGCGGCAGGCUCCAACUGGAGCCUGCCCGUAAUGGUGUUCAUCCACGGCGGCAACUUCACGCAGGGCGCAGCGAGCACUUACGCCUCGCCGCAGUUUGUAAGCUAUGGGGCAAGCACAGGACGGCCCUUCGUUCUCGUGACGCUCAACUAUCGCCUCGGCGUCCUCGGCUUCGCGGCGGGGCCCGACGUCGCGCGCACGUCGUCCGCCAACCUCGGCCUGCGGGAUCAGAGGCUGGCGCUGCGUUGGGUCCAGGACAACAUCAUGUCCUUCGGCGGCGAUCCGGCCAAGGUUGUCGCGUUCGGGCAGGGCGCGGGCGCCGUCUCAAUCGGCCUGCAUCUGCUCAAUGCCACGCAGGACUUGUUCCGCGGCGCGAUCUUGCAGAGCGGCGCGCCAUCCUCCGCGCUGAUCUGGAAUGUCACGGAAACCCGGGAGGCCUACAACACUUUCGCGGCUGCUGCUGGUUGCAAGGCGCCCAACGCCACGAAUCUGGGGAGCAGGAGUACAUGGGAAUGUCUAUCCCGAUCACCUGCGGGACGGCUUCAGGACGCGGCGGCUGCGGGCGCUACGACAAAAGGCGUGUUACCAUCUGCGUGGGCGCCGAGCAUAGACGGUGACGUGGUGCGCCAGUCGCCGUACGUCAGCUUGGAAAACGGCACAUUCUCCCGUGUGCCAGUGAUCACGGGCAACUGCAAGGACGAGGGGACAUUGUUCACAGACCCAACGACUCCAGACAACACGACGCUAAGGACGGUCAUGGACGCCCUCGUGCGCGCGGCGGUUGACGAUACCCUCGUGAAUGCCACCGAGGCAGCAUACCCCAACAUCCCAAGGAUCGGAAGUCCCUUCGAUACCGGCAACGAGACGUUCGGUCUAAGCCCCAAGUUCAAGCAGCUCGCUGCGGUUACUGGAGACCUCCUUGUCCAGAGCCGGCGGCGACACCACCUGUCACAGGCGACCGUGAACAACGUUAGCAUGUGGAGCUACGAGUGGUGGGGCCGCAUGCCGGCGCCGGCGUACGUGGGCAUCCCGCACACCGCCGAGCUCGAAUACGUCUUCGGCAGGGCGACGAGCAACUACACCGCGCAGGAACAGGCCGCAGGGCGCGGGAUCAUGAACUACUGGCUGAACUUCGCCUACUACCUCGACCCUAAUGGCCCGCCCCAGCAGUCGACCAAAAGAAAUAAUGACGGCGCGAGUGAAUCAGCGUCUGGCGUCGGCGACACCGGCUGGACUGACGGCGCAUGGUGGCCGCAAUAUGGCGGUGAGCACAAUACGCUGAUCAUGGAGCCGGGCAACUUCCGCAUCGCGCCCGACACGUACCGGGAAGACCAGAUGCGCGUUUUCGAAGGCGAGACAGCAGCGAGGGCGUUGCACUACUAG